UGGUUGCCUCUGCGUGGUGUAUGCUGGGUAGUUUACAAGAUGGCGGCUGCAAGUGGUGGCGUUGAACCGAACGGCGCGAAUGAGACAAAACCAACUUGUAUGCUGGUGCUAGGCAUGGCAGGGUCGGGCAAGACAACGUUUGUUCAGAGACUAACUGCCCACCUACAUGCCGGCAAGAAAGCACCCUAUGUGGUCAAUCUUGACCCAGCAGUUCAUGAGGUCCCCUACCCUGUCAACAUUGAUGUGCGGGACACUGUAAACUACAAAGAGGUUAUGAAGCAAUAUGGACUGGGCCCUAAUGGAGGAAUAGUGACCUCCCUUAACUUAUUCGCAACAAGGUUUGACCAAGUGAUGACAUUCCUCGAGAAGAGAGGAUCAGAACACAGGUAUGCCAUCUUUGAUACUCCUGGUCAGAUUGAAGUCUUUACUUGGUCAGCAUCAGGAUCAAUCAUCACAGAAGCCUUAGCAUCAUUAUUUCCCACAGUCGUGGUGUACGUCGUGGACACCCCACGCAGUACCAGCCCAGUGACAUUCAUGUCAAACAUGCUAUAUGCCUGCAGUAUCCUCUACAAGACAAAGCUCCCUUUUGUUGUUGUUCUCAACAAGACUGACAUUGUAGAUGAUGGCUUCAUCCGUGAAUGGAUGCAGGAUUUUGAGACAUUCGAGGAAGCCCUUUCCCAGGACACUACAUACAUGUCAAGUCUUACCCGCUCCAUGAGUCUUGUACUGGAUGAGUUUUACCAGAAUCUAGAUUGUGUGGGAGUUUCUUCCAUUACAGGAGCUGGAAUCGAUGAGUUUCUCUUAGCUGUUGGACGGGCGGAGGAUGAGUACGAGAGGGAAUAUAAACCAGAGUAUGAAAAGCUAAAGAAGGAAAAAUUGCAGAAAGAAGAAAAGGAAAAGACAGAGCAAAUGGAAAAGUUGAAAAAGGAUUUAGGAGAAGGUCAAUCAGUGCCAUUGACUGCUACUGAGCAAGCACUUCUUCACACCGAGCGCCAGACCACUGGAAUAGCAGUCGGCACAGCAUUGGAGAGCGAUAGCGGGAGCGAGGGAAUGCAAACUGAUGAGGAGGAUGAAGAGGAGAAAAAGGAGUAUGCUUCCUUUAAGAGAUUUUUAGAACAAUCCAAAGAAAAGGACAAAGAAAGUAAAAGUAGUGCUACUUAGAGAAACAUUGUUGAGAAAACCCAGAGUUUUUUAUUGCUGCUUGUCUGAGCUGUUUUACUUUUCUGUCUUUUCUUUACAAUAAAAAGCAAGCUUACCCUAAAAUAGAAAAUAAAAAAUAAUAAAAUAGAAAAAUUGCAAUAUAAACAAAA